AUGCUGCCUGCAACUACACAGAGUAAUUUUAGUUCUGGGACGCUUAUGCCCAUUGGUACCAUCAUCAAGGUGUGUGGAAUGGUAGUCCUCAGUAUUUUUAUCACGGUGGGCAAUGUGCUCAUCCUCCUGGUAUUCCUGGGCUCCAAGAGAUUUUGGACUCCCCAGGGCUAUUUAAAAGUAUCACUUGCCUUGGCGGACCUGGCUGUAGGAGCUGUGGUGGUUCCUUACUCUGUCUACACAGAAAUUGGAAUAAUCAUACUUGGCAGGGACCAUAAAGAGUUAAAUGGCACCCAGGAGGGGGUAUUUGAGCCCUGCUAUAUUAUGGGGCCAUUGUUUGCAGGCUGCACGUUUGUCUCUAUCACCACCAUCUUCCUGUUAUCCAUAGAGAUGAGCAUCACCGUCCUCAGACCUUUGCACAAGCACCUCCUGGUCACAAAAAAGAGGACAGUUUUCCUGAUUGCCUGUUCCUGGGUGCUGUGUUUCUUCCUUGCGCUAAUGCCCCUCUUCUUCAGGCAGGAGAUCAACAUCGUCUACAACCGCUGCAGCAUGAUGUGCAACUACGCCUCUUGCAGUUCCUCAAGUUGGAAAGUCAUGCUGAUUUUUCCAACCUUUGACUUCUCUGUUCUGGGUGGCACCUUUGCAAUCAACCUGAUCACUUUCACUGCCAUUCGCCAGUUCUGUCAGGCCAGGAAACAUCUGACACAUUCAGCAUCUCAAAAACAAUUGUGCAGACCUUCUUUCUCAGAUAUCAAAGCUGCCAAAACCAUCGCCAUCGUCGUCCUCUCCUUUGUUGCUUCUUUUGUCCCCAUUGCAGUUUACGUGGUGAUUAGCAUUCUGGGAUUGGAGUGUUGUCAAUUCACAUUCUUUGCUUUUUGGAUUUUAACAUCUAAUAGCUGCUGGAAUGUGGUCAUCUACAGCUUAAGGGACAAGAAGUUUCGCCACAGGAUCAAGGAGCUGUGCACACGGACAGUGUUGAGAAGGAGUGGAUGUACCUCUGGACCAAAGGUAGCAAGUGUGGGCACCUGUGUCUCUGUCCUCAAGGAGACCCUACAUACAGAGAGCUCCUAA